AUGUAUUUGGGAGUGAUCAGCAUAUUGAUGAUUAAAUCCCUGAAGUGGGAUGAGAUCACCAAGGGAGUGAAUAUGAGUAGAGAAGAGCUUGCCAGCUUGGAUGGUUCUUCACCAUCCAAGGAGACUGAGAAGGAGCAGCAGUUGAUCAUUGUUUUAAAGAAGGAGUCCCUGGAAACCGGACAGAUGGCGUUUACUUUGGCACAACUGGAUUCCUUGGAGAUUUGCCUAAAAGAAGCAGAAGAAAAGGCUAAAGCCUUAUCUGAACAGCUUGCAGCCUCUGAAGGAACAAAAUCAAGACUGCUUGAGCAAGUUUCCUGGCUGGAGGGAAAGCUAGAGGCUCUGGACCAUAAGGAAGACAGUGGGGAACCAUAUGAAAAACUGGUUCUUGAAAAAGACCAGUGCAUUGAGAAAUUACAAGCCGAAGUGAAAGCUACCCAGGAGCAACUUGUAGCCCACAAACUGAAGCACAAAAGGAAACUGAAAAAGCUACAAACCGAUUUGGCAACAGUUAAGCAGGAGGCUGCCAUCACAGUCCUGGAACUCAAUGAGAAGAUAAAGACUCUAUGUGAAGGAAAGCCAGCCCCUAGAGAAGACAGCUUGCUGGGAGAGUCCUGUGGUGGUCUCCCACCUGUGGAAGAAGGUGAUCGGAAAAUCAGCCUGAUCGUGGAGUUGUCAACCCAGGUUUCCCUUCAGACUGAGAAGAUCACUCAGCUGGAAGAAGUUUUAGAGGAAAAGGAAAGGAAGAUUCAGCAGCUGGAAGCCGAGCGGGAGCCCCAUCCCUUCCUGGAGGUCGAGGACUCUGCAGAAUGUUUACAAGAAGCCCCAGUUUUCCUUGAUAAUAGCAUCACUCCUGUGGUCUAUGAUGAGGAUAUGUAA